AUGGCUGGAUUUCUACAUCAGACUCAUACCAACGAAGACGGCAAGUCUACAAUUUCUAAACUUCGGACUGAAUUGUAUAUUCUGUACUUCUUGCUCAAAGGCCGAGUCUAUCACGGCGAUAUCUGGCAGAUAAUCGGAGGGCGUAUAUUGGAAGCACAGACAGAAGAAUCGUUGCGAACAGUUAAGGAUAACAAAGGCCAGGCUAUCGAUCACGUACAGCAACGAUGGAUAAUGCAUGAGAUUCUCCCAACUACGCAAACCAAUGUAUCUACAGAGGCCUGUUCAACAUCCAUAGGAGCCUAUUCGGCAGCUGUACAACACAAGUGCGAAACUUGGUUAAGAGAGCAAGACCCCGACUUCACGCCAGUUAGACAACUUUUUUCGGACAAAUAUGGCUACUCAAAUUGUAUCACACAUAUAGAGCAACGAAUGCCAGUCAUCGUGCACUCCAUCGACUCCUCGUUCCACCUGUCGAGCACAUGGGUCCCACCUGGCGUUCAAGAGGCCUUUGAUAAGGCAUGCCAUUUGGAACUUCGCUCUCAGACAGGACUCGUGGCAACCUACCUUGAUAUGGAAGGUUACCAUUCUCAUCAGCGCAACCCCGAGUUAGAGUUAUAUCACUUGCAUGUGAAGAUGUGUCGUGCCAAAGCUGAGGUAGAAGUUUAUGAACUGGCAAUUGGAAAUGCGCCUGCAUCUGACUACUCUGACAGCGACGCUUCGUCAUCACUUGGCAGCCGCCCUUAG